GGGAGAAACCGUUUAUUGGAAGAAGAAAAAAAAACGUUCACAUGUGAUCAGUGUGGAAAGAGUUUCUCAUAUAAAGUAACCCUUAAUUGCCACAUGAGUUAUAUUUAGCAACCAUAUCUGUCAUUUUCAUUCCUUCCCUCAGUUCCCUGUUGAUGGAAGUUCGACGGAAAUGGAUUCAGGCUAUCCGGCGGGAUCUUAUUGAUCUUGAAAACUCCUGGAGAAACAUCUGGGAUCCACGUGACACUAUUAUAAAGAUGGCGUUGAUUAAACAGGAGAGUGAAGACAUAAAGAUUGAAGAAGUGUUCAGCGUGAAACAAGAAGAAACUGAGGAACAAACAGACCUGAUGCCACUGAAAGAGGAAAGUCAAGACCUGAAAAUACUGGAAGAUGAACAUCAUGAUUUCAAGACUGAAGAGAAAUCAACAGAGAUGGAAAAAACUCAGAAGACCAAAACCAGAAGGCCAAUUUCGCAUAGAAAUUUAAUUAGAGCCCACAUAAGAAAUCACACUGGAGAAAAGCCUUUCACUUGCCAACAGUGUGGAAAAAGUUUCGGUCAAAACCAAAACCUUAAAGCCCACAUGAGAGUUCACACUGGAGAAAAGCCUUAUACUUGCUCUCAUUGUGAAAGGAGUUUUUCAGAAAAAAAAUUACUUAGAGGCCACAUGGUAGUUCAUACUGGAGAAAAGCCUUUCAACUGCCAACAGUGUGGAAAAAGUUUCACUCAAAAACAAAACCUUAAAGCCCACAUGAGAAUUCACACUGGAGAAAAGCCUUAUACUUGCUCUCAUUGUGAAAAGAGUUUUAGACAGAAAAAUUCACUUAGAGGCCACAUGGUAGUUCACACUGGAGAAAAACCUUUCACCUGCCAACAGUGUGGAAAAAGUUUCACUCAAAAACAAAACCUUAAUGUCCACAUGAGAGUUCACACUGGAGAAAAGCCUUAUACUUGCUCUCAUUGUGAAAAGAGUUUUUCAAAGAAAAUAUCACUUAGAGCCCACAUGGUAGUUCACACUGGAGAAAAGCCUUUCAACUGUCAACAGUGUGGAAAGAGUUUCACUCAGAAACCAAACCUUAAAGCCCACAUGGUAGUUCACACUGGAGAAAAGCCUUUCACAUGCCAACAGUGUGGAAAGAGUUUCACUCAGAAACCAAACCUUAAAGCCCACAUGAGAGUUCACACUGGAGAAAAGCCUUAUACUUGCUCUCAUUGUGAAAAGAGUUUUUCAAAGAAAAUAUCACUUAGAGGCCACAUGGUAGUUCACAGGAAAGCUUUACAACAUUUUAUACCCCUAUAUGAGAUGGAAGAGAUUGAGCUGGUUUACGGUGCAACUGGACCUCCAGCCCAGGGACGUACUCUGCUGGGGUGGUGCUACACGAGUAAUGCCCAGCGGGGCCCCCACAGAGAAAACUCCUGGAGAAACAUCUGGGAUCCACGUGACACUAUUAUAAAGAUGGCGUUGAUUAAACAGGAGAGUGAAGACAUAAAGAUUGAAGAAGUGUUCAGCGUGAAACAAGAAGAUACUGAGGAACAAACAGACCUGAUGUCGCUGAAAGAGGAAAGUCAAGACCUGAAUAUACUGAAAGAUGAACAUCAUGAUUUCAAGACUGAAGAGAAAUCAACAGAGAUGGAAAAAACUCAGAAGACCGAACCGAACAGUUAUUUCCCUUGCCUUGAAUGUGGAAAAAGUUUCAAUCGAAAACAAAGCCUUGAGUCCCACAUGGUAUUUCACUCUGGAGAGAAGCUUUUCACAUGCCAACAGUGUGGAAAGAGUUAUACUCAGAAACAAUACCUUAAAGCCCACCUGAGAGUUCACACUGGAGAAAAGCCUUAUACUUGCUCUCAUUGUGAAAAGAGUUUUGCUUAUCAACGCAUCCUUAAAUCCCACAUGAGAGUUCACACUGGAGAAAAGCCUUUCACCUGCCAACACUGUGGAAAAAGUUUCGGUCAAAGCCAAAACCUUAAAGCCCAUGUGAGAGUUCACACUGGAGAAAAGCCUUUCACAUGCCAACAGUGUGGAAAGAGUUAUACUCAGAAAGAAUACCUUAAAGCCCACCUGAGAGCUCACACUGGAGCAAAGCCUUAUACUUGCUCUCAGUGUGAAAAGAGUUUUGCUUAUAAACGCAUCCUUAUAUCCCACAUGAAAGUUCACACUGGAGAAAAGCCUUUCACCUGCCAACAGUGUGGAAAAAGUUUCAGUCAACGCCAAAACCUUAAAGCCCACAUGAGAGUUCACACUGGAGAAAAGCCUUUUACUUGCUCUCAUUGUGAAAAGAGUUUUUCAGAAAAAAAAUUACUUAGAGGCCACAUGGUAGUUCACACUGGAGAAAAGCCUUUCAACUGCCAACAGUGUGGAAAGGGUUUCACUCAAAAACAAAAACUUAAUGUCCACAUGAGAGCUCACACUGGAGAGAAGCCUUAG